AUGGACGAAGAAAAUACACAACAACCAGCAACAACUUUCGGCAACACCCGAACCAUUCACGAUGAAACCAAGAAGCGUUGGUACGAUCACAUCCAUUCCAAUCAUAUUUGCUUUUCCUUCUUCAUGUUAGCAACAGUUGCCCUGUUAGCAAUUGUCAUUGGUUAUUUGGUUCCAGUUUGGAUCUAUGGACCAACUUCUACUCAGUGCACAUUAAUUACCAAAGCAAUGAAUUCAUCAUUCAUUGGUGAGGAUUUGAAAGCAACUUAUAGAAAGUUCAGAACUGAAUUUAAUGUGAAAUAUCAAGCGUAUAUUCCACAACAAGGAAAAGAUAUGAUAAUUCAAUCGACAAUGUAUGGACCAAGUGUUGAACGAUGGGAUAAUCCUAGAGAGGCAGGUUAUGUUCUGUCAUAUGCCAUUAGAAAUGAAUUUUAUAAUAAUUAUCAAGUUGGACAAGUUUUUGAUUGUUUUUAUUCAAGUUCAGAUCCAUAUACAGUUGUUAUUGAAUAUGAUCCAAGAUAUUAUUCAUUGAUUGCAUUACCAAUUAUUUCAUUCUUGCUUGGUUUGUGGGUUUUGUGUUAUCCACCAAUUGAAAAGUAUAUUAGAGCUCAAUUUGAUCAACGCCAACAAUUUAAGCAAUAUAUGGAAAUUUCACAAAUGGAAGAAACAUAUGAUAAGGAAAUGGAAGCACGUGUUGCUUCUGAUUUAUUCUUUGAUGAUACUGUUGGUGCUUAUCGUAGAAUUGGAACUGGUGAAAUUGUUCAACCAAGUGCCGAAGGUGAAGAUUUGGAUGAUGAAUUUGAAUUGAUUGAGGAAGAAAUUGAAGUGAUUGGUAAAUUCUUUGGUAAAAGUGUUGAAGAACAUGGUACAUUUGUGCAAAAGCCAAUUUCUGAACUCGAUAGAAAUGAAACUAGCAAUAUCAAGAUUGUUUCUCAAUCUCAACAAGAUGAAGAGGAGGAUCCAACUCCAACACUUGAAAUUAAACCAGCUGUCACCCAACCAACCAUAACACCUCAAUAUACUCUCCUCGUUUUGGAUGAUGAUAGUGAAGAUGAGGAAGAUGAUGACGAUUAUGAUGAUUAA